CUGGGUUUGUACUUUGGUAUUGUUAGGUUGACCGGGCUGGUCGCAAUAAAUGCCAUUGUACCAAUUACUCAUAAUAACAAAACUAUGCAACUUAUGUGUAUAUAUAACAAAAUUCAAGUACGGAGUACGCAGUCAGAUUAAUCAAUGAAACUUUAGUAUCUGUUUUCGCAACGAUUAUAUAUAUUGUUCACAAAUAAUUCAAUUUUAUGAACAUGCAAAAUACGAUAAAGACCCUCAUUUUUAAACCAAGUUAUUUCCUUUAAUGAUCUUUACCUAUUUCACGUUUUUGUACCUAAAAUUUUGAACCAUUCGUCAGCUACGUCGGCGUUGGCUUCAUUGUAUAUCUAUCUCAUUUAUCCAUCAUUUCCGGUUUUUCUAUCUAAUACAUUUCUUUAACAUAAAGAAAAUAGCUUCAGAGAGUUUCUCUUCAAAAAACGGAAAACAAAGAGAGAAUGAAGUUUUUCGCGGCGAAGCUGGAAGAAGGAGUUAAAGGAGGAAACGGGAAGCCGUCGGUAGGUCCGGUGUACCGGAAUCUUUUGUCGGAAAAAGGUUUUCCGCCUAUGGAUUCUGAUAUCACCACUGCUUGGGACGUUUUCAGUAAAUCAGUGGAAAAAUUCCCUUACAACAAGGUGCUUGGAUGGCGUCGAAUCGUCGAUGAGAAGGUUGGACCGUAUAUGUGGAAAACUUACAAGGAAGCAUACGGAGAAGUUCUGCAGAUUGGUUCUGCAAUACGUGCUCUGGGAGCUGAGCCUGGGUGUCGAGUGGGGAUCUAUGGAGUUAAUUGUCCUCAGUGGAUAAUAGCAAUGGAGAUGACACAUGAAGAUGUGUAUCUUUCCUUCUUGCCGUUGGCUCAUAUUCUUGACCGUAUGAAUGAGGAAUACUUCUUUCGCAAAGGGGCUUCGGUUGGCUAUUACCAUGGAGAUUUGAAUGUGUUACGCGAUGACAUUCAAGAAUUGAAACCAACUUAUUUAGCUGGAGUUCCAAGAGUGUUUGAGAGAAUUCACGAGGGAAUUCAAAAGGCUCUUCAGGAACUUAAUCCUAGAAGGAGAUUUAUCUUCAAUGCUCUCUACCAACACAAGCUUUCAUGGUUGAAUCGUGGAUACUCUCAUAGUAAAGCUUCGCCCAUGGCUGAUUUCAUAGCUUUCAGAAAGGUUAAAACAGUUCUAAUAAUGAGUUUUUUCUUGUAUUUUGGGAGUUUUGUUUUUGGUCACUACAUAACCUCACCUUUAGGCGGUUUUGGAUUUCCAUUAAAGAUUAGAGACAAAUUGGGAGGUCGAAUCAGGUUGCUAGUAUCUGGAGGAGCACCAUUGAGCUGUGAGAUUGAAGAGUUCCUUAGAGUUACUUGUUGUUGCUUUGUCGUCCAAGGGUACGGUCUAACGGAGACUCUUGGAGGAACGGCUUUGGGUUUCCCGGACGAGAUGUGUAUGCUAGGGACAGUUGGUAUUCCGGCCGUUUACAACGAGAUACGACUUGAGGAGGUGGCUGAAAUGGGCUACGACCCACUCGGGGAAAUUCAGGCAGGCGAGAUCUGUAUAAGAGGAACAUGUUUAUUUUCUGGUUAUUACAAGAACCCUGAACUUACUCAAGAAGUCAUGAAAAACGGAUGGUUCCAUACAGGAGAUAUAGGUGAGAUUCACCCAAAUAGAGUACUCAAGAUAAUUGAUCGCAAAAAGAAUCUUAUCAAACUCUCUCAAGGAGAGUACGUUGCUCUUGAGAACUUGGAAAACAUCUACGGUCAAAACUCUGUUGUCCAAGAUAUAUGGGUUUAUGGAGAUAGCUUCAAAUCAAUGCUUGUAGCAGUGAUUGUUCCAAAUCCUGAAACCGUGAACCGGUGGGCUAAAGAUCUCGGCUUUACUAAGCCAUUCGAAGAACUAUGCUCUCUCUCGGAAUUACAUGAUGAACACAUCAUUUUAGAACUGAAGUCCACGGCAGAGAAAAACAAGCUAAGAAAGUUCGAGUAUAUAAAAGCAGUGACAGUGGAGACAAAACCUUUUGACGUUGAGAGAGACUUAGUGACUGCGACCCUCAAGAAUCGAAGGAACAAUCUUCUCAAGUAUUAUCAGUCCGCCAACGUUCCGUUAUACAGGUACAAGUCGACGAAAUGUACCGAAAAUUGUCGUUGAAGAAAAUGUGAAAGUGUUGCAUGACCAUCGAUGUGUGUGUUAUUAUUGGUAACUAUGUUAUGUACGUAUGUGUCAAUCAUUGAUUAAAAAAGCCUUAUGCGUUCUGUAAUGUUUUAAUUCUAAGCUAUGUUGAAUAACCAUUGACAUCAUUAAUUAUUAUUUUUUCUUUUGUUAA